AUGAGGCUUCCUAUAUCUGUCACACCUUCGAAGGCUGUGCAGAGUGUGACGACCGAUUCGACAUGUACCGUUGUCAAUGGAGAAACCAUCAUAGUCGAAUUGCAAGGCAAGCUCGAAAUCUCAAGUCAUGAUGAGGAUAUCGAUGAGAAUUCGGCGCGAGCAGGCCUAGAAAUUGGGAAACUCGACGUCUCCGAUCCAAGAAAACCUUUAUUAACAAUUGGUAAUCAUCAACUCGAAGGCAAGAUUGUUGAAUUCCCAUCCCCGCUGGCUUUACUUCGUAAAAUCGAACUUGGAGCUUUACCAUCGCCUUCCGAUACUCAAACCCAAUUAGACAUAAUAGCCCUUGUGAACCGUAAAAUUGUCUUUUCCAAACGACCACAUCCUAUAGUCAAAAUGGAAUGA